UUCAAGAAAACAAAUAAUGGCAUAUCAAAGUGAAAGUAUAAAGGGAAUUAAAAUAAGAGUAUUUAAUUGGAUGCAAAACAUGAUUAAAAAUCGUGUUAUUAUUCAUAAUCAUCACCAAUUAGGGUCAUCAUCGAGAUUCGGGUUUUUAGUUUUAAGGGUAACGAAUCGAAUUAGGAUCGUUAGACCUCGAACUUGUGACUCUGAGAAACGUGGAGGACAAUUCAAAAAGACAACUUUUAAGAAAAGUGUUCAACUUUUGAAGAUUUGUGAAACUCCGGAGGAAUUUGUUGAAAGUAUUGAUUUUGCUUUAAGGUUAUCGAAUUUAUUCUUUAAAGACACGACUCCACAUUUAGCUAACGCGAUUUAUGAUUAUCUAUCGAGUAGCUUUGGUAAAAAUUUGAACAUUUGGAGUAAUGUGGAUGAUGAGUUUAGCAAAAUUGUUGUGGCUAUAGAUGUUGACAUGGAAAGUGGAAGAUUUGAAAUCUCGUCAAAAAGUUGUGAUGAUAUUUGUAAAUUUCGAAUAACAGAUUUGUACGAAACGCUGAUAAAUGAUGAUGACAAUAACGAGGAGAACAAAGGUGAAUUUUGUUUACAAGUUGAUGGGGUUAGAAAAAAGAGAAAAAUUGAUAUGCAAAUACUUGAAGUGGAGUAUACUUUUGAUGAUCGCGACGUUCAAGAUAUUUUGGAUACUUUAUUGGAUUUUUUGACCAAAAAAAAAGGAUUUAAUAACAAGAUCGAGGCUUUUGAUGGGAAAAAACAAGAAUUUAUUGAACUGAAAAGCGGAUUGAAAAUUACGAAACUGAAAAAAGAGAAUGUCAUAAAUUUUGAAUUGGGAGAUAUAUGUCCGGUUUGUUUUGAGAUUUUUGAAGAAAAAUCCAUUAUCGUGAUUACUCCUUGUUCACAUAUAUUUCAUAGAAGUUGCUUAUUUACGUGGCUAUCGGAAAAUAACACGUGUCCUAUAUGUAGAAAAGAUUGCGAUGUAUAA